CCGUGAAUCCACACCUCCCUCUCCAGCCGGGAGUUCCAGGGCACCCUGCCUUCCAGCAGCAUCGCUGGUUCCAUCCAGAGCACCGCGGACUCCAGCGAAUCGCCAGCCGUGGGGCAGAGGGAGAGAGAUGGACAGCGCUUUCUUUUAGAAUGGGAAGGUGUGGCAGUCUGUGGCAAUGACCCGCUCACCUCGACGGCGGACGGCGGAGAAGGAGUGAACGAGGUUGCCAGGAGUGCCUGGGGAUCAUCCACCCAGCGAUUGUGUGAAUGGUUGUUCGGAGUAUGCUGGCCAGAGGCGGGAGUGUUGGGCGUGAGUGAAUGUGAAACCAGCCUCAGCAGUUUCAAUUGAAACCCAUUCCGGUCCAUCUCUCCUGCUGAAACUGACCAGAGUCCGGGGCCAUGGGGAGAUGCAAUGGGCGUUGCACCCUGAUCGUUUUCUGCAGCUUGCAGUUGGUAGCUGCUUUGGAGCGACAGAUCUUUGAUUUUCUGGGCUACCAAUGGGUCCCUAUAUUGGCCAACUUUUUACACAUUAUGGCAAUCAUCCUUGGUAUCUUCGGAACCAUCCAGUACAGACCAAAGUACUUAGUUAUGUAUGCAGGAUGGCUGGUGCUGUGGGUGGCAUGGAAUGCAUUCAUCAUCUGCUUUUAUCUAGAAGUUGGCCAAUUGUCACAGGACAGAGACUUUGUCAUGACCUUCAACACCUCACUGCACCGCUCGUGGUGGAUGGAGAAUGGACCGGGCUGUGUCGUGACCCCAGUGACCCCAGCUGAUCAGGCUCCCCAGGACCAUCACGUCAUCACGGUGACAGGAUGCUUGCUCGACUACCAAUACAUUGAAGUCACCAGCAGUUCCUUACAGAUCUUCCUUGCACUCUGUGGCUUUGUCUACGCCUGUUACGUCAGUAAAGUCUUUAUGGAAGAGGAAGACAGCUUUGAUUUCAUCGGAGGAUUUGAUUCCUACGGGUACCAAGCCCCCCAGAAGACCUCUCAUUUACAGUUGCAGCCUCUGUACACGAUUCCAUCCAGGAGCACUGGUCAGGGUAAACAGGGGACGUCCUGGUCGUAAGGAAGCAGGGUGCAGAAAACAAGGGGCACAGACACAGUCUGCAAUCAACCGUCAAAAGCAGACACUAUUUGGGGAUUUUGUCAAAGAAUAAGAAUGCUCCAAGAGGCACAAAGAGAGGGAGAGAGCAAAGUACAGGAGGAUUGUAGGGAAUUCAGACAAAGAAACUUCAGUGGUAACUGGUUGUAAAUUUCAUUGAAACUUCACAGAACCCAGAGAAUUUUGGUAUUUUUAGGAUUAGACAGGUACAUUGGCGCCCUCUGAUGUUGGAUGUCCAUAAUGACUGGCUGUAUUCACAAAGCAGUCCUUCCCCUGCAAGAACACCCUUAGAAAGAGGAAAUUUAGCAUUUACAGAGAGGUGGCGCCAUCAGUAGCUCAGGUCAAGUGAAGGGAAGGUGGAGGGUGGUAUCGUAAGUCCCAGUUUUUCGACAGUCUUUUUUUAGCCUGUCAGGUGUGCUGAUUGGCCCAGUGUCUGGUUCCAUUGUCCAAUCAGAAAGAAGCAUUUGUGACUUCAGUCCCUUUGCAAAAGACUUCUGUCCGUGCUGAAGCUGAAUGGCUGCAUUGCAAAGUUUGCUGCAACUCUUCCAACUCUAAAUGGUGUUGAGGUAAUGAGCAGGAAGAUGUGGAUGCUGGCAAGGCCGUCAAACUGGCUGUGAUGCCAAGAGACAGGAGACUGGUUAGGAGCAUUUUCAGGUGCCGGAAAAAAGUCUGUUUUUGCUUGAAGUUCUGUACGUGCUUUCCUGGGUGUGCUGACUGAGUGUGUAUAUUGUUGAUUUUUAUUUGAAGAGGCACAGUGAUUCAGCCGUGGGACAUCCCAUGGUAGUACAAGUCAAACUGAAAUCAUUGGGCCCCAAACCUCUUUCUUCAUCUAACUCUUGGCAAUUUUGUGGUCAGAGCUGGUGUUGGUGUUGACGAUCUCUGAUUAAUAGUUUUGGGAAUAGCUUACCAUUCUUUCGAUCCCAGUCUACAAAUAGAAAGGUUUCGGUGCCACCAAAAGCAGAUACCACAGAACUUGCACCCAGUCAAAGAGUGACCUCCGAACCUUCUGCAAUCAAUAGGUCUAUACUUAUUGGCUUGGGUUUGACUCUUACCCCAGAAUGGUUGCCAAUGCAGCAGUAAGCUUGCAUAAAGAAAUGUAUGGUUUCCCAUUGAAGUGCAGUUGGUCAAAUAUCCUCAUUGUGCAGAGAUGCUUAUUGUCUGAGGCUGUACAAGGUACUUCUGGAGAUAGGUAACCUUUGGGGCAUCCAAGCACAUUUACUAUGCAUCCCCCAAUUGUUUGUGUGUUAAUUUUUCCACAUUGCAUCUUCUGGAUAAACAGUUGACAUUUGUGGCAGGACUAAGAGUAAUCUAGUUGACUUCCUGGUCCAUAGUCUGCAUUGUGAGGUGCUUAAUCCUCGUCUGCGCAUUGGCGAGAGUGACUGGGGCAGGGGAACAGGGUGAAUGGUGAGCAGGAGAAAAGUUGGGUAGGGGGAGGGGGGUGUCAUUCCAUUCUUGAUAUCCUGGCAAUGAUUUGUAUGCAGUU